AUGGGCUCCAAGCUGCACUUUUUAGUUCUUGCAAUUGGAGUAUUUGCAGAAAUUGCUGAACUUGAUGGAGUUUGGUCUCUUGACGACAAAACUUUUCCAGCUGCUCUGGAAAUCCAGCCUACAAUAUUGGUAGAAUUUUAUGAGCCAGGAUGCGAACUUUGUAUUCAGCUUGCUCCAGAACUGGUAAAAGCAGCAAGAGUGCUAAAAGAGCUUGACCCUCCAUUCAGAAUUGCAGUUAUGGACUCUCUUGUAAACCCAGGAGUUGCCCAGGAAUAUAAAAUUACAGAAUUCCCAUCAUUCAUUUUCUUUGUCAAUAAAAGGCCUACCAAGUAUACAGGAGGAGGGAAUGCAGCUUCUAUUGUGUCGUGGAUUAAAAAGAGAAUAGGCUUUGCAAUGACAAAAAUCAGCACUUUAGAAAAGCUUAAAAGUGAGAUUGAGAAUAACAAAAUAGUAUUAAAUAUGGCAUCUCAGCGCUUCGUGGCCUCCUUCGUGGCAUAUUUAAUUAUAUCCGGCAAGGUUUUGAUAUCUCAGAAAUGUACAGCAAUGCUAAUAAGCAAUUCUUGAUGUAUCAGAGCCUAGUUCCAAGUCCGCUUUCAAAAGGAUGAAUUUAUCUCAAUAGGAUGGGUGAUACGGAAGUUGGAAAGGGGUCGCCCAGAAAUAUCUCAGGCAAUGCCUAGAUUAAUCUGGCACUUCGCCAGCGUGAAACCAGGAGUUACGCCCUGGGCUAUCUAUUUCCCUUUUUGCCGAGAGUCAACCAGAAAUUUUCAUUUUUUGGGAUUUUUGUGUUGACAACCCUUCUUCCCCUACUCAACACCUCAAGCAAGGCCGCACAAAUCCGAAGACUACUCACUCAAUAUUGGAGCCUAAAAGCAAGGAGGAGACACUGGAAUCCUUGGUGGUGAACACUGUCACAAAGCGGUUGAAUCUCCUGUACUGUAGAUCCUCAACAAUUACACCAAAAUUAGUGCAAGAGGCUAUCUGUUAAUAAUUUAUAUUAAUUUAAUAUAAUAACAAAAUAAGCGUCAUACUUUGGGCUUUACCAAAUUCGACUGAUUUAGGAGUUUAUGAACAUAUAGCCAAAAAUAUAGAUGGUCCUGCCUUUUUAGUUUCAACUGAUCCAGAAGCCUUGACACACUAUGGGAUGGAAGAAAAACAAAUGACUCUUUUUAACCCAGACGAUGGCAGGGUUGAUUACAAAGGAGGGUUCAAUACUUUUGAAAUGACCAAAUUCGUAGAAAACUACAAAAAGCCUGCAAUUAUCCCAUUCAACAAUUUUGCCUUAGAAUUCAUUUUCAAAGGGAAAAACUCAGUCGUGUUCUUUUUCAGGGCUGAAGAAGAUGCAGAAAAAUACGAGGAAACUUUACAAACCCUCGCAAAAGAAUUUAGAAGUGACCUAACUUUUGUAGCCACAGAUUUAAAGAAAAAGGACAAUGAAGUUUUAAGCGAAUUUUUAGGGAUUUAUCCUGAGUCUCAGCCUGCUAUUCUUAUAUUCCACCCAGUGGAAGGAAUGUUGAAGUUUCUCCUAGAAGAGCCAUUUUCGCUUGAAGCUACAAGAAAACUCAUAAAUAAAUUCAAGAGAAGGGAAACUGUCCCAUUUUAUAAGUCACAGCCUAUUCCUGAGGAGCCUUAUGAAAAUGGGGUCAGAGUUUUGGUCGGCAAAAACUUCGAGGAGGUUGUCUAUAACUCAGGGAAAAAUGUAUUAGUGGAAUUUUAUGCCCCUUGGUGUGAACACUGCAAAGAGUUUGCUCCUGAAUAUGAAAAAUUAGCAGUUUAUUUGAAAAAUAAAGAAAAUAUAAUCAUAGCGAAAAUGGAUGCAAUUAAAAACGAAGCCAAAGAUAUAGAAAUCCAAAGCUACCCAACCCUUAAGUUUUUCAUAGCUGGCCAGAGAACGCCAGUAGAUUACACUGGGGAGAGAUCUGCUAAUGGACUAAUAGAAUUCCUACUUCAAGGACCUACAGCAGGAAAAGCUAAAACUGAUCUUUAA